AUGUGCAGAGAGUACAACCCAUUAGAUGCUCCCAAUGAGGCAGAUAUCUUCGUUAUCCACAUGGGAAAAUUUCCCCGAUACUGGAUGAAAUGGCUCUUACGACAGAUGACUGGGAAGUGUGAAUUGCAGCGGAUUGUUGAUACCUAUGUAGGCGCCCAAAGGACCUGCAGGAUAGAACAUUCCUUAAGGUGCUCGAAGAGUAAGGUCUUACGGGAAGCUACGUGGAUCACGCAGAGCGAAAUAGACGGGUGUGUAGAAGCGAUCAUGAAGGAGAAGAACAUCAGCGCGGAGAAGGAAGCCCGUUUUAAAAGCUCUCUGAAGGCUUGCUUACUGCAGAUAUCUGGUUAUAAACAGCUUUAUGUGGACGUUGAAAAGGAAAGACAAAACCCAUAUGAUUCAGAUAACGUGAAACAUGAAAAACUGCUCCUCCAACUUUGGAAUCUUUUAAUGCCCAAGAAAAAGCUGCAGGCUAGAAUCUCCAAGCAAUGGGCUGACAUUGGUUUCCAAGGUGAUGACCCCAAAACAGACUUCCGAGGCAUGGGCAUGCUUGGAUUAACCAAUCUGGUGUAUUUUAGUGAAAAUUAUCCCACGGCAGCUCGUCAGAUUCUGUCCCACUCCAAUCACCCAAAGUUAGGGUAUUCUUACGCGAUAGUGGCAAUCAAUCUCAUGGAAAUGGCUUACAGCCUGCUGAAGAGCGACGCUUUGAAGUUUUAUCUCUAUACCUUUGUUGCGGGUGGACCAACCAUGGAACACUUCCAUCAGUUUUACUGUUAUCUUGUCUAUGAGUUUGACAAGUUUUGGUUUGAAGAAAAUCCAGAAAGCAUAAUGUAUUUCAACCAGUAUAGAGAGAAGUUCCAUGAAAAGAUUAAAAGACUCUUAUUGGACUCUAAGGUAGCACUUACCUUAAACAUGUAA